UAAAAAAAUAUGUUAUCAAACAUGGCGUGCGAAAAAGCGUCGUGUGGAAAUUACUGGGAUGGAUUUGUUUAUUAGGUCAGCUUAUAACUGAACGAUACCGCGUCGCUGGACUAUGUGGUCACACACAAAAGGGCGAAGUCUCCAUGUCAACGUUCGGAAAAGGAGGUGCCGGGGCGGAGGCGCUCGGCGGUAGGCGAGUGCGCGGGUGAUAUGCAAGCGGCGCCGGCGCGCUACGUGUCCGUGAGCGAGCUGUAUUCGACUGACGAAGUGGAGCUGCUGCUCGACGAGAUCCGCGAGCUGGAGCCCACGAGCUGCCGCGGCGAAGACGUGCAGGAUUUCGAGAUAGCCGGGAGCGGGUGCGGCGCGGGCGGCGGCGGGCGCUCGCCGGCCGGCACGGAGGCCACGGAGCGCUCGUGGGACUCGCACGCGCACUACCGGCGCGCGGCGGGCGUGCGGGCGCGCGCGCUGGCGCCGCUGUACUGCCGCGCGCGGCACCUGCUGACGGCGCGCGGCGCGUGCACGCUGGGCGUGGUGCUGCUGGCGGGCGCGGCGGCGGCGUGCGUGUGGGCGGCCGUGGGGCUGCGCGCGGCCGAGCUGCCGCUGGCGCCGCGCGUGCAGCUGCUGCAGCUGGCCGCGCUGUCGUCCGCGCUGCUGCACGCCGCGCUGCUGCUCAUGCACGUCUCCGGCCUCAACGCGCUCAUGCCCAUCGACUGGAACAAGCUGAGUACGUUGACCAGCGCGUGGAGCGCACUGUCGCUGACGCUGGGCGGCGCGCUCACGCUGCACGCCGUGCUGUGCGCGCCCGAGUACCGCUGGGCGCCCGAGCACAUCGCGCGCCUGCUGUGCUCCGCCUCCGUGAGUACCGCGCCCGCCUCCCACGCACAGGGCCCGUGCCCGGCGCUCACGCUGCACGCCGUGCUGUGCGCGCCCGAGUACCGCUGGGCGCCCGAGCACAUCGCGCGCCUGCUGUGCUCCGCCUCCGUGAGUACCGCGCCCGCCUCCCACGCACAGGGCCCGUGCCCGGCGCUCACGCUGCACGCCGUGCUGUGCGCGCCCGAGUACCGCUGGGCGCCCGAGCACAUCGCGCGCCUGCUGUGCUCCGCCUCCGUGAGUACCGCGCCCGCCUCCCACGCACAGGGCCCGUGCCCGGCGCUCACGCUGCACGCCGUGCUGUGCGCGCCCGAGUACCGCUGGGCGCCCGAGCACAUCGCGCGCCUGCUGUGCUCCGCCUCCGUGAGUACCGCGCCCGCCUCCCACGCACAGGGCCCGUGCCCGGCGCUCACGCUGCACGCCGUGCUGUGCGCGCCCGAGUACCGCUGGGCGCCCGAGCACAUCGCGCGCCUGCUGUGCUCCGCCUCCGUGAGUACCGCGCCCGCCUCCCACGCACAGGGCCCGUGCCCGGCGCUCACGCUGCACGCCGUGCUGUGCGCGCCCGAGUACCGCUGGGCGCCCGAGCACAUCGCGCGCCUGCUGUGCUCCGCCUCCGUGAGUACCGCGCCCGCCUCCCACGCACAGGGCCCGUGCCCGGCGCUCACGCUGCACGCCGUGCUGUGCGCGCCCGAGUACCGCUGGGCGCCCGAGCACAUCGCGCGCCUGCUGUGCUCCGCCUCCGUGAGUACCGCGCCCGCCUCCCACGCACAGGGCCCGUGCCCGGCGCUCACGCUGCACGCCGUGCUGUGCGCGCCCGAGUACCGCUGGGCGCCCGAGCACAUCGCGCGCCUGCUGUGCUCCGCCUCCGUGAGUACCGCGCCCGCCUCCCACGCACAGGGCCCGUGCCCGGCGCUCACGCUGCACGCCGUGCUGUGCGCGCCCGAGUACCGCUGGGCGCCCGAGCACAUCGCGCGCCUGCUGUGCUCCGCCUCCGUGAGUACCGCGCCCGCCUCCCACGCACAGGGCCCGUGCCCGGCGCUCACGCUGCACGCCGUGCUGUGCGCGCCCGAGUACCGCUGGGCGCCCGAGCACAUCGCGCGCCUGCUGUGCUCCGCCUCCGUGAGUACCGCGCCCGCCUCCCACGCACAGGGCCCGUGCCCGGCGCUCACGCUGCACGCCGUGCUGUGCGCGCCCGAGUACCGCUGGGCGCCCGAGCACAUCGCGCGCCUGCUGUGCUCCGCCUCCGUGAGUACCGCGCCCGCCUCCCACGCACAGGGCCCGUGCCCGGCGCUCACGCUGCACGCCGUGCUGUGCGCGCCCGAGUACCGCUGGGCGCCCGAGCACAUCGCGCGCCUGCUGUGCUCCGCCUCCGUGAGUACCGCGCCCGCCUCCCACGCACAGGGCCCGUGCCCGGCGCUCACGCUGCACGCCGUGCUGUGCGCGCCCGAGUACCGCUGGGCGCCCGAGGACAUCGCGCGCCUGCUGUGCUCCGCCUCCGUGAGUACCGCGCCCGCCUCCCACGCACAGGGCCCGUGCCCGGCGCUCACGCUGCACGCCGUGCUGUGCGCGCCCGAGUACCGCUGGGCGCCCGAGCACAUCGCGCGCCUGCUGUGCUCCGCCUCCGUGAGUACCGCGCCCGCCUCCCACGCACAGGGCCCGUGCCCGGCGCUCACGCUGCACGCCGUGCUGUGCGCGCCCGAGUACCGCUGGGCGCCCGAGCACAUCGCGCGCCUGCUGUGCUCCGCCUCCGUGAGUACCGCGCCCGCCUCCCACGCACAGGGCCCGUGCCCGGCGCUCACGCUGCACGCCGUGCUGUGCGCGCCCGAGUACCGCUGGGCGCCCGAGGACAUCGCGCGCCUGCUGUGCUCCGCCUCCGUGAGUACCGCGCCCGCCUCCCACGCACAGGGCCCGUGCCCGGCGCUCACGCUGCACGUCGUGCUGUGCGUCGAUCUAUUGGAACGCUGCCUCGAAAUUCCGAUCGACCAGCAAAUCAAGCGCCGCAAGUGGAACUGGAUCGGCCACACUCUCUGA